AUGGAAGAAUCAAUUAUUUAUUUUUACGGGAAACCUACACAAAGAGUAAAACAAGAAGACGUUUAUUUAGGUAACUUUUAUCAUUCUCCUAUUCUUAUCAAUGGUGUUACUUAUUCCACCGUUGAACAUUUUUAUCAGUCUCAAAAGUUCGAUGACCCUGAAAUUCAGGAAAGAAUUAGAAAUGCCCAAACACCCAAAAUAGCCAGCAGACUUGCUCAUGAACUUACAAAUGAUUCUAGAGAAUGAAGCCAUUUAAAAGAAAGUGUGAUGAGGACUGGAAUUUUUGCGAAAUUUACCCAGCAUCAAGAUUUAAAAGAAAAACUUCUAGCUACAGGAACAGCAAAACUUGUAGAAGAUAGCCAUAAAGAUUUGUACUGGGGAGGCUCAUUAGAAGGGAGUCAAAAUAGAAUGGGAAUAUUAUUAAUGGAUUUGAGAAACCAACUUAAAAAUAUGCCAUAA